GAACACUAGCAGGGAUGGCUGUCCAUUUUCCUAUAUCCCAGCCCGCUGCGAUGGAGGCCGCCGCUGAGUUCGACUUUUCAGUGGAGAGCCCAGACGUGGUCUACAGCCCCGAGGCCAUCGAGGCUCAGUACGAGUACCGCACGACGCGCGUCAGCCGCGAGGGCGGAGUCCUCAAGGUGCAUCCCACAUCCACACGCUUCACCUUCCGGACCGCCCGGCAGGUGCCCCGACUCGGGGUCAUGCUGGUCGGCUGGGGCGGGAACAACGGCUCCACACUGACGGCUGCAGUGCUGGCCAACCGACUGCGCCUGUCCUGGCCCACGCGCUCGGGCCGCAAGGAGGCCAACUACUAUGGCUCGCUGACCCAGGUGGGCACUGUCAGCCUGGGACUGGACUCCGAGGGCCAGGAGGUGUUCGUGCCCUUCAGUGCCAUGCUGCCAAUGGUGGCACCCAACGAUCUCGUGUUCGAUGGAUGGGACAUAUCAUCCCUCAACCUGGCUGAGGCUAUGCGGCGUGCCCAGGUGCUGGACUGGGGGCUGCAGGAGCAGCUGUGGCCGCACAUGGAGGCCCUGCGACCUCGGCCUUCUGUCUAUAUCCCCGAGUUCAUAGCUGCUAACCAGAGUGCACGUGCAGACAACCUCAUCUUAGGCACACGCGCGCAGCAGCUAGAACAGAUCCGCAGGGAUAUCCGUGACUUCCGGUCAAGUGCGGGGCUGGACAAAAUCAUUGUGCUGUGGACAGCAAACACAGAGCGCUUUUGUGAAGUGAUUCCAGGCCUCAAUGACACUGCUGAAAAUCUGCUGCGCACCAUCCAGCUGGGCCUGGAGGUGUCACCCUCCACACUCUUUGCUGUAGCCAGCAUCUUGGAGGGCUGUGCCUUCCUCAAUGGGUCCCCGCAGAACACGUUAGUGCCUGGUGCGCUCGAGCUUGCGUGGCAGCGUCGUGUCUUCGUGGGUGGAGAUGACUUCAAAUCAGGCCAGACCAAGGUCAAGUCUGUACUUGUGGACUUCCUUAUUAGCUCUGGCCUCAAGACCAUGUCCAUUGUGAGCUAUAACCACCUGGGCAACAACGAUGGGCAGAACCUGUCAGCGCCGCCGCAGUUCCGCUCCAAGGAGGUGUCUAAGAGCAACGUGGUGGAUGACAUGGUGCACAGCAACCCUGUGCUGUACUCACCGGGCGAGGAGCCGGACCACUGCGUGGUCAUCAAGUAUGUGCCGUAUGUGGGUGACAGCAAGCGCGCUCUGGACGAGUACACGUCGGAGCUAAUGCUGGGCGGCACCAACACGCUGGUGCUGCACAACACGUGCGAGGACUCACUUCUGGCUGCCCCCAUAAUGCUGGACCUCGUGCUGCUGACUGAGCUAUGCCAGCGUGUAAGCUUCUGCACUGAUGUUGACCCGGAACCACAGAGCUUCCACCCGGUGUUGUCGCUGCUCAGCUUCCUGUUCAAGGCACCACUUGUGCCACCUGGCAGCCCGGUGGUCAACGCCCUUUUCCGCCAGCGCAGCUGCAUUGAGAACAUCCUCAGGGCCUGUGUGGGGCUACCGCCGCAGAACCAUAUGCUUCUGGAGCACAAGAUGGAACGUCCUGGUCUCAAGAGGAUUGGGCCUGUGGUAGCUGCCUGCCCAGUGCCUCUCAAGAAAGGGCCGGUUCCCAGUGCCCCCAAUGGCUGUACUGGUGAUGCCAAUGGGCACCCCCAAGCUCAGGCACCCAAGACACCCGCCACCUGAGGCUGUGGCCAUACAGCUACUCUAAUUCCUGCCCCUAUUGUCCCUCAGGAACUUAUCUUUCCAGAUCCUCCACUGAAGCAAUAAAGCUAGUUCCACUGUCAGCCACAUA